CCGGAAAUGGCCUCGGAAGCAGAAAAAACAUUCCAUCGGUUUGCUGUCUUUGGGGACUCAUCCAGCAGUGGCACUGAGAUUAACAACAAGAACUUCUCCAAACUCUGUAAAGACUGUGACAUCAUGGAUGGCAAGGCGGUGACCUCCACAGAUGUGGACAUUGUGUUCAGCAAAGUGAAGGCCAAGAAUGCCAGGACCAUCAACUUUCAACAGUUUCAAGAGGCGAUGAAGGAGCUGGGCCAAAAGCGGUUCAAAGGGAAGAGCGUAGACGAGGCAUUGGAGAAUGUUUUUAAACUCAUGGAAGGCAAGGACCCUGCCACCACUGGUGUUACUAAAGCAACAACAGUGGGUGGAGUAGACCGGUUGACAGACACCAGUAAGUACACUGGAACUCACAAGGAACGCUUUGAUGAGAGUGGCAAGGGAAAAGGCAUUGAAGGACGGGAAGACACCACAGACAACUCAGGCUACGUGAGUGGCUACAAGGGGGCUGGCACCUAUGACCAAAAAAGCAAAUAA